AUGCUGAACAAUAAGGUCUACCUUAAACAGGACUACUGUGGAAACAACAAUGCCAAUGGCAGCUUCAGAGUCAUCACUGAGAACAUUCCCUGUGGAACAACAGGCACCACCUGCUCCAAGGCCAUCAAGCUCUUCCUGGGGAACAAUGAAUUAAUCCUGACAGAAGGGAACUACCAAGUCAUUGAGAGAAAUACAGGGGAGGUGGUUCCUUACCAGAUUCGUACAAUGGGCAUCUACCUUGUGAUUGAAGCCAAUAAUGGUUUGAUUCUCAUGUGGGACAGGAAAACAAGCAUGUUCAUCAAACUUAACCCACAGUUCAAGGGACAUGUCUGUGGUCUGUGUGGAAACUAUGAUGGCAAUGCAAACAAUGACUUCACUACCAGAAGCCAGGCAGUAGUUGUCAACCCUCUAGACUUUGGAAACAGCUGGAAAGUCUCUGCAAGCUGCCCCGAUGCAAAGAGCAAAAGGAGCCCCUGUACUGCCAACCCUUACAGGCAGUCUUGGUCACAGAAGCAGUGCAGCAUCAUACAGAGCAAAGUUUUCACAGACUGCCAUUCUAAAGUGGACCCCUCUUCUUUCUAUGAUGCGUGUGUGACAGACUCGUGUGCUUGCGACAGUGGUGGAGACUGUGAGUGUUUCUGUACCGCUGUGGCAGCUUAUGCAGAGGCCUGUAAUGAGGCUGGAGCCUGCAUAGCCUGGAGAAGCCCACAAAUCUGCCCACUGUUCUGUGAUUACUACAACCCCCCUGGAGAAUGUGAGUGGCACUACAAGGCCUGUGGAGCUCAGUGUAUGAAGACCUGCAGGAAUCCCUCCGGGAGCUGCUCAACUCAGAUACCACCUCUUGAAGGUUGCUAUCCAAAAUGUCCUCCUGCUCAACCCUUCUUUGAUGAAGAUAUAAUGAAGUGUGUGGAGAAGGAGCAGUGUGGCUGCUAUGGCAGAGAUGGAAAACACUACAAUAAUGGAGAAAAAGUACCGACCACAGAAAACUGCCAGACAUGCUAUUGUAAUUCAGUGACAGUGGACUGCAAAUACGAUGUACAAGCUUGCACUUGCACCUACAAUGGGAACAAAUACCCCUAUGGGCAUAUCAUAUACGAUACAACGGAUGGACAUAGCAGCUGUAUGACAGCAGUUUGUGGGAAGAAUGGAACCAUUCACCGGGACAUGUACCCAUGUUCAACUACAACUCCAACAACUUCUAUUCCAUCUCAUCCAUCUACAAAUGUUCCUACAUCUACAUCAUUCUCUACAGUGACAACAAAUGUUUUCACUUUCUCAACACCAACGCCAACUGAGCCAGCCACAUCUUCAACAGAGACAACAGUGUCUCCAACAACCUUUACUACUACAUGUGGAUAUCCAUGUGUGUGGUCACAGUGGUUUGAUACCACAUUCCCUACACUUGGAACUCCAGGAGGAGACUCUGAAACCUACAACAACAUAAGAGCAGAGGGACACGAUAUAUGUGAGAAGCCAAGCAAGAUCCAAUGCAGAGCCGAGAAGUACCCAAAUGUUAGCAUAAGCCAAGUAGGCCAAGUGGUGCAGUGUAAUGUAGCAGAAGGGUUGACUUGCAGAAAUGAAGACCAGUCAGGCCCAUUCCCACUGUGCUUUAACUACCAAGUCCGAGUCCUCUGCUGUGAUGAAGAUCUUUGCACAUCUAAGCCUACAACCAUUUCACCAACAACUACAAGACCACCUGUUACGACGACAACAACAACUACAACAGCAACCUCCUCCACUAUAUCAACAACCACGUUGAAUACAAAAACCCCUACCUGCACAGUUUGUGAGUGGUCACCUUGGUAUAAUGUGGACUAUCCUCAAUUUGGUCCUGGGGGUGGCGACAAUGAAUCAAUUAAAAAGAUUCUAGAAUCUGGAAAACAUAUUUGUGAAAAACCAGUGGAUGUCAUAUGCCAAGCAGUGCGAUAUCCAGGGGUCCCAAUGUCUGAAUUAGGACAGAAGGUAGAAUGUAAUACAAAGGUUGGAUUAAUAUGCCAGAACAAAGAUCAAGGUAUUCCUCCAAUAUGCCUUGACUAUGAAAUUAAGGUAAAAUGUUGUAAGACUGUGAAAUGUCACACUACAACGCAAGAAUCUACAACUACACCUACUGUCACAACUACAAUAAUGUCAACAUCCACAUUAACUACAAUAACAAGUAAACCAAUGACAAUCACUACUCCUCCAACCUCAACUCAACCUCUGACCACAACUACACCUCCAACCACCACAACAACACCCACUACUACGAUCUUGACAUCGCCUGAACCAGCUACCACAUCAACAACAAUUCCUUCGACCACGACUCCUACACCCACUACUACAAUCUUAACUUCGACAGCUCCAUCUACCACAAAAACAACAACUCUGCCUUCUACUACAACUCCAACCUCUACUCCUACAUCAACCUCAACAGGAGCAUCAACUACCCAGUGCAAUGGUGAAGAAAGUUGUGUGUGGUCAGACUGGAUCAACCUUGGUCAGCCAACCUCUGGCUCUGAAGGUGGAGAUAAUGAAUCCAUUAAGAACAUCAUUGCUAGUGGUUAUCACAUUUGCUCAGCUCCAGAGGCAGUUGAAUGUAGAGCAAAACAAUACCCUGGACUUCAGAUCUCUCAGCUUGGCCAAGACGUGACUUGCAAUCCAUCCGUUGGACUGAUUUGUAAAAACAAUGAGCAAGGUCUUCAGCAAAAGUGCUUCGAUUACGAGAUACGAGUGAAAUGUUGUCAAUGUCCUCCCACAACACACAUCCCGACAACAACAACAACAACAACAACAACAGUUCUGUCGACCACGACUCCUGCACCCACUACUACAAUCUUAACUUCGACAGCUCCAUCUACCACAAAAACAACAACUCUGCCUUCUACUACAACUCCAACCUCUACUCCUACAUCAACCUCAACAGGAGCAUCAACUACCCAGUGCAAUGGUGAAGAAAGUUGUGUGUGGUCAGACUGGAUCAACCUUGGUCAGCCAACCUCUGGCUCUGAAGGUGGAGAUAAUGAAUCCAUUAAGAACAUCAUUGCUAGUGGUUAUCACAUUUGCUCAGCUCCAGAGGCAGUUGAAUGUAGAGCAAAACAAUACCCUGGACUUCAGAUCUCUCAGCUUGGCCAAGACGUGACUUGCAAUCCAUCCGUUGGACUGAUUUGUAAAAACAAUAAGCAAGGUCUUCAGCAAAAGUGCUUUGAUUACGAGAUACGAGUGAAAUGUUGUCAAUGUCCUCCCACAACACACAUCCCGACAACAACAACAACAACAACAACAACAGUUCUGUCGACCACGACUCCUGCACCCACUACUACAAUCUUAACUUCGACAGCUCCAUCUACCACAAAAACAACAACUCUGCCUUCUACUACAACUCCAACCUCUACUCCUACAUCAACCUCAACAGGAGCAUCAACUACCCAGUGCAAUGGUGAAGAAAGUUGUGUGUGGUCAGACUGGAUCAACCUUGGUCAGCCAACCUCUGGCUCUGAAGGUGGAGAUAAUGAAUCCAUUAAGAACAUCAUUGCUAGUGGUUAUCACAUUUGCUCAGCUCCAGAGGCAGUUGAAUGUAGAGCAAAACAAUACCCUGGACUUCAGAUCUCUCAGCUUGGCCAAGACGUGACUUGCAAUCCAUCCGUUGGACUGAUUUGUAAAAACAAUAAGCAAGGUCUUCAGCAAAAGUGCUUUGAUUACGAGAUACGAGUGAAAUGUUGUCAAUGUCCUCCCACAACACACAUCCCGACAACAACAACAACAACAACAACAACAGUUCUGUCGACCACGACUCCUGCACCCACUACUACAAUCUUAACUUCGACAGCUCCAUCUACCACAAAAACAACAACUCUGCCUUCUACUACAACUCCAACCUCUACUCCUACAUCAACCUCAACAGGAGCAUCAACUACCCAGUGCAAUGGUGAAGAAAGUUGUGUGUGGUCAGACUGGAUCAACCUUGGUCAGCCAACCUCUGGCUCUGAAGGUGGAGAUAAUGAAUCCAUUAAGAACAUCAUUGCUAGUGGUUAUCACAUUUGCUCAGCUCCAGAGGCAGUUGAAUGUAGAGCAAAACAAUACCCUGGACUUCAGAUCUCUCAGCUUGGCCAAGACGUGACUUGCAAUCCAUCCGUUGGACUGAUUUGUAAAAACAAUAAGCAAGGUCUUCAGCAAAAGUGCUUUGAUUACGAGAUACGAGUGAAAUGUUGUCAAUGUCCUCCCACAACACACAUCCCGACAACAACAACAACAACAACAACAGUUCUGUCGACCACGACUCCUGCACCCACUACUACAAUCUUAACUUCGACAGCUCCAUCUACCACAAAAACAACAACUCUGCCUUCUACUACAACUCCAACCUCUACUCCUACAUCAACCUCAACAGGAGCAUCAACUACCCAGUGCAAUGGUGAAGAAAGUUGUGUGUGGUCAGACUGGAUCAACCUUGGUCAGCCAACCUCUGGCUCUGAAGGUGGAGAUAAUGAAUCCAUUAAGAACAUCAUUGCUAGUGGUUAUCACAUUUGCUCAGCUCCAGAGGCAGUUGAAUGUAGAGCAAAACAAUACCCUGGACUUCAGAUCUCUCAGCUUGGCCAAGACGUGACUUGCAAUCCAUCCGUUGGACUGAUUUGUAAAAACAAUAAGCAAGGUCUUCAGCAAAAGUGCUUUGAUUACGAGAUACGAGUGAAAUGUUGUCAAUGUCCUCCCACAACACACAUCCCGACAACAACAACAACAACAACAACAACAGUUCUGUCGACCACGACUCCUGCACCCACUACUACAAUCUUAACUUCGACAGCUCCAUCUACCACAAAAACAACAACUCUGCCUUCUACUACAACUCCAACCUCUACUCCUACAUCAACCUCAACAGGAGCAUCAACUACCCAGUGCAAUGGUGAAGAAAGUUGUGUGUGGUCAGACUGGAUCAACCUUGGUCAGCCAACCUCUGGCUCUGAAGGUGGAGAUAAUGAAUCCAUUAAGAACAUCAUUGCUAGUGGUUAUCACAUUUGCUCAGCUCCAGAGGCAGUUGAAUGUAGAGCAAAACAAUACCCUGGACUUCAGAUCUCUCAGCUUGGCCAAGACGUGACUUGCAAUCCAUCCGUUGGACUGAUUUGUAAAAACAAUGAGCAAGGUCUUCAGCAAAAGUGCUUUGAUUACGAGAUACGAGUGAAAUGUUGUCAAUGUCCUCCCACAACACACAUCCCGACAACAACAACAACAACAACAACAGUUCUGUCGACCACGACUCCUGCACCCACUACUACAAUCUUAACUUCGACAGCUCCAUCUACCACAAAAACAACAACUCUGCCUUCUACUACAACUCCAACCUCUACUCCUACAUCAACCUCAACAGGAGCAUCAACUACCCAGUGCAAUGGUGAAGAAAGUUGUGUGUGGUCAGACUGGAUCAACCUUGGUCAGCCAACCUCUGGCUCUGAAGGUGGAGAUAAUGAAUCCAUUAAGAACAUCAUUGCUAGUGGUUAUCACAUUUGCUCAGCUCCAGAGGCAGUUGAAUGUAGAGCAAAACAAUACCCUGGACUUCAGAUCUCUCAGCUUGGCCAAGACGUGACUUGCAAUCCAUCCGUUGGACUGAUUUGUAAAAACAAUAAGCAAGGUCUUCAGCAAAAGUGCUUUGAUUACGAGAUACGAGUGAAAUGUUGUCAAUGUCCUCCCACAACACACAUCCCGACAACAACAACAACAACAACAACAACAGUUCUGUCGACCACGACUCCUGCACCCACUACUACAAUCUUAACUUCGACAGCUCCAUCUACCACAAAAACAACAACUCUGCCUUCUACUACAACUCCAACCUCUACUCCUACAUCAACCUCAACAGGAGCAUCAACUACCCAGUGCAAUGGUGAAGAAAGUUGUGUGUGGUCAGACUGGAUCAACCUUGGUCAGCCAACCUCUGGCUCUGAAGGUGGAGAUAAUGAAUCCAUUAAGAACAUCAUUGCUAGUGGUUAUCACAUUUGCUCAGCUCCAGAGGCAGUUGAAUGUAGAGCAAAACAAUACCCUGGACUUCAGAUCUCUCAGCUUGGCCAAGACGUGACUUGCAAUCCAUCCGUUGGACUGAUUUGUAAAAACAAUGAGCAAGGUCUUCAGCAAAAGUGCUUUGAUUACGAGAUACGAGUGAAAUGUUGUCAAUGUCCUCCCACAACACACAUCCCGACAACAACAACAACAACAACAACAGUUCUGUCGACCACGACUCCUGCACCCACUACUACAAUCUUAACUUCGACAGCUCCAUCUACCACAAAAACAACAACUCUGCCUUCUACUACAACUCCAACCUCUACUCCUACAUCAACCUCAACAGGAGCAUCAACUACCCAGUGCAAUGGUGAAGAAAGUUGUGUGUGGUCAGACUGGAUCAACCUUGGUCAGCCAACCUCUGGCUCUGAAGGUGGAGAUAAUGAAUCCAUUAAGAACAUCAUUGCUAGUGGUUAUCACAUUUGCUCAGCUCCAGAGGCAGUUGAAUGUAGAGCAAAACAAUACCCUGGACUUCAGAUCUCUCAGCUUGGCCAAGACGUGACUUGCAAUCCAUCCGUUGGACUGAUUUGUAAAAACAAUAAGCAAGGUCUUCAGCAAAAGUGCUUUGAUUACGAGAUACGAGUGAAAUGUUGUCAAUGUCCUCCCACAACACACAUCCCGACAACAACAACAACAACAACAACAACAGUUCUGUCGACCACGACUCCUGCACCCACUACUACAAUCUUAACUUCGACAGCUCCAUCUACCACAAAAACAACAACUCUGCCUUCUACUACAACUCCAACCUCUACUCCUACAUCAACCUCAACAGGAGCAUCAACUACCCAGUGCAAUGGUGAAGAAAGUUGUGUGUGGUCAGACUGGAUCAACCUUGGUCAGCCAACCUCUGGCUCUGAAGGUGGAGAUAAUGAAUCCAUUAAGAACAUCAUUGCUAGUGGUUAUCACAUUUGCUCAGCUCCAGAGGCAGUUGAAUGUAGAGCAAAACAAUACCCUGGACUUCAGAUCUCUCAGCUUGGCCAAGACGUGACUUGCAAUCCAUCCGUUGGACUGAUUUGUAAAAACAAUGAGCAAGGUCUUCAGCAAAAGUGCUUUGAUUACGAGAUACGAGUGAAAUGUUGUCAAUGUCCUCCCACAACACACAUCCCGACAACAACAACAACAACAACAACAGUUCUGUCGACCACGACUCCUGCACCCACUACUACAAUCUUAACUUCGACAGCUCCAUCUACCACAAAAACAACAACUCUGCCUUCUACUACAACUCCAACCUCUACUCCUACAUCAACCUCAACAGGAGCAUCAACUACCCAGUGCAAUGGUGAAGAAAGUUGUGUGUGGUCAGACUGGAUCAACCUUGGUCAGCCAACCUCUGGCUCUGAAGGUGGAGAUAAUGAAUCCAUUAAGAACAUCAUUGCUAGUGGUUAUCACAUUUGCUCAGCUCCAGAGGCAGUUGAAUGUAGAGCAAAACAAUACCCUGGACUUCAGAUCUCUCAGCUUGGCCAAGACGUGACUUGCAAUCCAUCCGUUGGACUGAUUUGUAAAAACAAUAAGCAAGGUCUUCAGCAAAAGUGCUUUGAUUACGAGAUACGAGUGAAAUGUUGUCAAUGUCCUCCCACAACACACAUCCCGACAACAACAACAACAACAACAACAACAGUUCUGUCGACCACGACUCCUGCACCCACUACUACAAUCUUAACUUCGACAGCUCCAUCUACCACAAAAACAACAACUCUGCCUUCUACUACAACUCCAACCUCUACUCCUACAUCAACCUCAACAGGAGCAUCAACUACCCAGUGCAAUGGUGAAGAAAGUUGUGUGUGGUCAGACUGGAUCAACCUUGGUCAGCCAACCUCUGGCUCUGAAGGUGGAGAUAAUGAAUCCAUUAAGAACAUCAUUGCUAGUGGUUAUCACAUUUGCUCAGCUCCAGAGGCAGUUGAAUGUAGAGCAAAACAAUACCCUGGACUUCAGAUCUCUCAGCUUGGCCAAGACGUGACUUGCAAUCCAUCCAUUGGACUGAUUUGUAAAAACAAUAAGCAAGGUCUUCAGCAAAAGUGCUUUGAUUACGAGAUACGAGUGAAAUGUUGUCAAUGUCCUCCCACAACACACAUCCCGACAACAACAACAACAACAACAACAACAGUUCUGUCGACCACGACUCCUGCACCCACUACUACAAUCUUAACUUCGACAGCUCCAUCUACCACAAAAACAACAACUCUGCCUUCUACUACAACUCCAACCUCUACUCCUACAUCAACCUCAACAGGAGCAUCAACUACCCAGUGCAAUGGUGAAGAAAGUUGUGUGUGGUCAGACUGGAUCAACCUUGGUCAGCCAACCUCUGGCUCUGAAGGUGGAGAUAAUGAAUCCAUUAAGAACAUCAUUGCUAGUGGUUAUCACAUUUGCUCAGCUCCAGAGGCAGUUGAAUGUAGAGCAAAACAAUACCCUGGACUUCAGAUCUCUCAGCUUGGCCAAGACGUGACUUGCAAUCCAUCCGUUGGACUGAUUUGUAAAAACAAUAAGCAAGGUCUUCAGCAAAAGUGCUUUGAUUACGAGAUACGAGUGAAAUGUUGUCAAUGUCCUCCCACAACACACAUCCCGACAACAACAACAACAACAACAACAACAGUUCUGUCGACCACGACUCCUGCACCCACUACUACAAUCUUAACUUCGACAGCUCCAUCUACCACAAAAACAACAACUCUGCCUUCUACUACAACUCCAACCUCUACUCCUACAUCAACCUCAACAGGAGCAUCAACUACCCAGUGCAAUGGUGAAGAAAGUUGUGUGUGGUCAGACUGGAUCAACCUUGGUCAGCCAACCUCUGGCUCUGAAGGUGGAGAUAAUGAAUCCAUUAAGAACAUCAUUGCUAGUGGUUAUCACAUUUGCUCAGCUCCAGAGGCAGUUGAAUGUAGAGCAAAACAAUACCCUGGACUUCAGAUCUCUCAGCUUGGCCAAGACGUGACUUGCAAUCCAUCCGUUGGACUGAUUUGUAAAAACAAUAAGCAAGGUCUUCAGCAAAAGUGCUUUGAUUACGAGAUACGAGUGAAAUGUUGUCAAUGUCCUCCCACAACACACAUCCCGACAACAACAACAACAACAACAACAACAGUUCUGUCGACCACGACUCCUGCACCCACUACUACAAUCUUAACUUCGACAGCUCCAUCUACCACAAAAACAACAACUCUGCCUUCUACUACAACUCCAACCUCUACUCCUACAUCAACCUCAACAGGAGCAUCAACUACCCAGUGCAAUGGUGAAGAAAGUUGUGUGUGGUCAGACUGGAUCAACCUUGGUCAGCCAACCUCUGGCUCUGAAGGUGGAGAUAAUGAAUCCAUUAAGAACAUCAUUGCUAGUGGUUAUCACAUUUGCUCAGCUCCAGAGGCAGUUGAAUGUAGAGCAAAACAAUACCCUGGACUUCAGAUCUCUCAGCUUGGCCAAGACGUGACUUGCAAUCCAUCCAUUGGACUGAUUUGUAAAAACAAUAAGCAAGGUCUUCAGCAAAAGUGCUUUGAUUACGAGAUACGAGUGAAAUGUUGUCAAUGUCCUCCCACAACACACAUCCCGACAACAACAACAACAACAACAACAACAGUUCUGUCGACCACGACUCCUGCACCCACUACUACAAUCUUAACUUCGACAGCUCCAUCUACCACAAAAACAACAACUCUGCCUUCUACUACAACUCCAACCUCUACUCCUACAUCAACCUCAACAGGAGCAUCAACUACCCAGUGCAAUGGUGAAGAAAGUUGUGUGUGGUCAGACUGGAUCAACCUUGGUCAGCCAACCUCUGGCUCUGAAGGUGGAGAUAAUGAAUCCAUUAAGAACAUCAUUGCUAGUGGUUAUCACAUUUGCUCAGCUCCAGAGGCAGUUGAAUGUAGAGCAAAACAAUACCCUGGACUUCAGAUCUCUCAGCUUGGCCAAGACGUGACUUGCAAUCCAUCCGUUGGACUGAUUUGUAAAAACAAUAAGCAAGGUCUUCAGCAAAAGUGCUUUGAUUACGAGAUACGAGUGAAAUGUUGUCAAUGUCCUCCCACAACACACAUCCCGACAACAACAACAACAACAACAACAACAGUUCUGUCGACCACGACUCCUGCACCCACUACUACAAUCUUAACUUCGACAGCUCCAUCUACCACAAAAACAACAACUCUGCCUUCUACUACAACUCCAACCUCUACUCCUACAUCAACCUCAACAGGAGCAUCAACUACCCAGUGCAAUGGUGAAGAAAGUUGUGUGUGGUCAGACUGGAUCAACCUUGGUCAGCCAACCUCUGGCUCUGAAGGUGGAGAUAAUGAAUCCAUUAAGAACAUCAUUGCUAGUGGUUAUCACAUUUGCUCAGCUCCAGAGGCAGUUGAAUGUAGAGCAAAACAAUACCCUGGACUUCAGAUCUCUCAGCUUGGCCAAGACGUGACUUGCAAUCCAUCCGUUGGACUGAUUUGUAAAAACAAUAAGCAAGGUCUUCAGCAAAAGUGCUUUGAUUACGAGAUACGAGUGAAAUGUUGUCAAUGUCCUCCCACAACACACAUCCCGACAACAACAACAACAACAGUUCUGUCGACCACGACUCCUGCACCCACUACUACAAUCUUAACUUCGACAGCUCCAUCUACCACAAAAACAACAACUCUGCCUUCUACUACAACUCCAACCUCUACUCCUACAUCAACCUCAACAGGAGCAUCAACUACCCAGUGCAAUGGUGAAGAAAGUUGUGUGUGGUCAGACUGGAUCAACCUUGGUCAGCCAACCUCUGGCUCUGAAGGUGGAGAUAAUGAAUCCAUUAAGAACAUCAUUGCUAGUGGUUAUCACAUUUGCUCAGCUCCAGAGGCAGUUGAAUGUAGAGCAAAACAAUACCCUGGACUUCAGAUCUCUCAGCUUGGCCAAGACGUGACUUGCAAUCCAUCCGUUGGACUGAUUUGUAAAAACAAUAAGCAAGGUCUUCAGCAAAAGUGCUUUGAUUACGAGAUACGAGUGAAAUGUUGUCAAUGUCCUCCCACAACACACAUCCCGACAACAACAACAACAACAACAACAACAGUUCUGUCGACCACGACUCCUGCACCCACUACUACAAUCUUAACUUCGACAGCUCCAUCUACCACAAAAACAACAACUCUGCCUUCUACUACAACUCCAACCUCUACUCCUACAUCAACCUCAACAGGAGCAUCAACUACCCAGUGCAAUGGUGAAGAAAGUUGUGUGUGGUCAGACUGGAUCAACCUUGGUCAGCCAACCUCUGGCUCUGAAGGUGGAGAUAAUGAAUCCAUUAAGAACAUCAUUGCUAGUGGUUAUCACAUUUGCUCAGCUCCAGAGGCAGUUGAAUGUAGAGCAAAACAAUACCCUGGACUUCAGAUCUCUCAGCUUGGCCAAGACGUGACUUGCAAUCCAUCCGUUGGACUGAUUUGUAAAAACAAUAAGCAAGGUCUUCAGCAAAAGUGCUUUGAUUACGAGAUACGAGUGAAAUGUUGUCAAUGUCCUCCCACAACACACAUCCCGACAACAACAACAACAACAACAACAACAGUUCUGUCGACCACGACUCCUGCACCCACUACUACAAUCUUAACUUCGACAGCUCCAUCUACCACAAAAACAACAACUCUGCCUUCUACUACAACUCCAACCUCUACUCCUACAUCAACCUCAACAGGAGCAUCAACUACCCAGUGCAAUGGUGAAGAAAGUUGUGUGUGGUCAGACUGGAUCAACCUUGGUCAGCCAACCUCUGGCUCUGAAGGUGGAGAUAAUGAAUCCAUUAAGAACAUCAUUGCUAGUGGUUAUCACAUUUGCUCAGCUCCAGAGGCAGUUGAAUGUAGAGCAAAACAAUACCCUGGACUUCAGAUCUCUCAGCUUGGCCAAGACGUGACUUGCAAUCCAUCCGUUGGACUGAUUUGUAAAAACAAUAAGCAAGGUCUUCAGCAAAAGUGCUUUGAUUACGAGAUACGAGUGAAAUGUUGUCAAUGUCCUCCCACAACACACAUCCCGAUCACCACAGAAUUUGUUCCCACGACAACAACAACAACAACAACAACAACUCAGCCACCCAUAACUAGUACUUUCCCUACAACCUCAUUUCCUGUAACAUCUGGUGGAACAACAUCACCAACAAUUACAUCCACUGAACCCGUUUGUUUUUGCCAUUUCAAUCAUCGUGAUUUCUCCGUUGGCUCAAUUGUUUACAAUGUCUCUGACCAUGAUGGAUGGUGCUACAUUGGUCUCUGCAACAAGACUUGCAAAGUAGAAAUCCGUUCCUUCAGAUGUGAUGUAACAACUACCCCAGUUACCACUACUUCACCCACCACUACACUGCUCCCAACAACAACAACAAUACCACAUACAACAGAAAGACCAACCACCACCACCACAAAAUCUCCAAUUGAGAUUAACUGUCACUAUUUACAUCCUCCAAGACAGAACGGUGACAGCUGGAAACAUAACCAGUGCACCAACGGAACAUGCGCUAACGGGAAAGUUAGUUAUGAGCAUGUACAUUGUGAGACUCCGAAGCCAAUAGCAUGUGAAAAUAACUAUCCUCCGAUCAAAGUGUUUGACGAAUCUGGAUGCUGUUUCCACUAUGAGUGUCAAUGUAUCUGCUAUGGUUGGGGAGACCCUCACUAUGUCACCUUUGAUGGAACAUACUAUGGCUUCCAAGGAAAUUGUUCUUACGUCUUGGUCAAAGAAAUCCUGCCAAAGUACAACUUCAGUGUGGUAAUCGACAAUUACUAUUGUGAUGCCCCAGAUGGACUUUCCUGUCCUCAGUCUCUGACAAUUUAUUAUCAAUCUUACAAGAUAUUCAUGACCAAGAAGGACGUUGAUGGAGUUUUCACAAGUCUGAUUUAUGUAAACCAGAAACGCAUCAUCCCGGCAUAUGAGACCAAGGACUUCCGCAUCACAGACAACGGAAUUGAGACCCUUUUAGUCAUACCAGCAAUUAAUGCCAAGGUGUCUUUCACUGGUCUUAUGUUUAGCAUAUACCUGCCCUGGGACAAGUUCAGUGGCAACACUGAGGGACAGUGUGGUACAUGUGACAACAACCGGACAGAUGACUGCCGCUUGCAAAAUGGAACUAUCGAUUCAUCUUGUCCAGACAUGGCACACCAAUGGCAUGUUGCUGAUCACAAUAACAGUCAGUGCACACCACCACCACCAGAACCGACUCCAAUACCCUCACCAGACUGUGAUCCACACAUUUGUCAUCUCAUUCAAAGCAAGGUCUUUGAGAGUUGCCAUAAGAUAAUCCCCUACGAGCCAUUCCUUGUGGCAUGUAUCUUUGAUGUGUGUUAUAUGGAUGAUGUUACCAUUGGCUGCACCAGCUUGCAGACCUAUGCUGAUGCAUGUGCACAAGCAGGAGUCUGUAUUGAGUGGAGAAAUUAUACAAAUGGACAAUGUGACUUCACAUGCGAGAAACCCAAGGUUUAUAAUGCCUGCGGUCCACAAGUGGAACCAACCUGUAAUGCCUGGUACAAUUUCAAAUUCAUCCAGACUCAAAAUGAGUUCAGCGUCAUGGGAGAUAUACAAUUGGAGGGAUGCUAUUGCCCUCCUGGUACCACUUUGAUGAGUUCCAGCUCAAACUACUGUAUCCCCAGCUGUGAUAUUUGUCCGUUGCCAAAUGGAGAAUGGAAAGAGGCUAAUGAGACUUGGGUGAGCAACUGCCAGGAUUGUGUAUGUGACCCAUACAGUCUGGAAAUCCAGUGCCAGCCGGUGGCAUGCCAACAUCAGCCUCCUCUCACCUGUGAUCAGGAGGGCCAAGUUAAGGUCGUAGAAACCGUUGACUGUUGUCAAAAGGACAAAUGCGAGUGUGAUGUCACACGAUGCUCUACUUCUAAGAUAACUUGUCCAGUCGGAUUCGAGACAGAGGCAACUAUGGGAGUCUGCUGCCCAACAUAUCAAUGCAUGCCAAAGGAUGUCUGUGUGUUUAACAACACUGAAUAUCAGCCAGGUGCCAAUGUUCCUGGGGACAAGUGUAAGAAUUGUGUGUGUGGUGACAGGGUGGAUGCCCAAUCCCAUCUACAUAUCAUUGAGUGUCAACCUACUGAAUGUGACACUCACUGCCAGCAGGGCUAUGAUCAUCAAGCCGUUCCUGGGCAGUGUUGUGGGAAGUGUGUACAGACAAGCUGUGUGGUUAUGCUGCCAGAUAAUACCACACACACUAUUCAGCCUGGUUCCAUCUGGAUACCAUCUGGAGACAAGUGUCUCAAGUUUGAGUGCGUAAAGAUUAUGGACCAAUUCAUCCCAAUUGAGGCUAAGACUGUGUGCCCUGUCUUCCACCCAGAAGAUUGCCUACCCGGAACUGAAGUCAUUGCUCCAGAUGGUUGCUGCCAUUCUUGUGUUCCAAAAUAUAAGCCAUGCAACGUGACAAAGGGAAAAGUGUACCUGGACAGCAAUGGGUGCAAGUCUGCAAAUGAGGUGGAAGUGACAACAUGCGGUGGAUCCUGUGGCACCUACGCCAUGUAUUCUCUUGAGGCCAACAUGAUGGAGCGCUCUUGUACCUGUUGUCGGGAAGUAUCCACCACCAAGAAGGAAGUGGAGAUGAUCUGCCCAGACGGGUCAAAGUUCAACCACUCCUACAUUCACAUCAAUAAAUGUGGCUGCCAGAGGACAGAGUGCGUGACCCCAGAGGUGACCCAGGUCGCAAGGUCACGACGCAGGAGAAGAUGAAUGACUCUCCACUACCAUCCCUUUACUGCUUAGAUUAGUUCUCUAUUUAUGCUCAAGUUGUUCACUUUCCUGCAAAGUAAUCUCCUAGAAGGAGAAAAAGUUUCAGCUUUUUUGUCAAAUGUAGUUUUUUUUAGCCAUUCAAAACACAUAAAUAAAGUUGGCAAUAGGCUAUGCAUACAUACCA